ACCAACCUUGCCUGGCCCGCCGCUGUGCUGUCGUGGCCAACUCUGCUUGACACCUCCGGCUCAGUCCCUUUUCCCCCUCCCGCUCGUGCUCAACUCUUGCCCUCUUGUCGUUGCUGCUGCCCUCGCUUAUUUACUUAACUUUCUGGCUUCUGUCGCUAUAACCUCGAUCGUCUCACGACCCGAGGCGCGUGCGCAACGGGAGGGGUCGUCGCCUGCGGCAACCAGAAAUCCACCCACCCCCAUCCCAAUAAUCAGCGGGAAUAAUAGCCCAUGAUUUUGGACAAGAGUCCCCACACCCGCCGCUCUUUGCGACUCCAUCGCUACGUACAGGCUUCCCCCCUCGGCGCCUGACAGGUUUUCGCAAAUUUGCACCGCACCGCAUCGCUUCUCGCCCGCUAGCUAGCCUCCUCCUCCUCCACAACGACGCUUCCGCGAAGCCUCUCUCGCUCUACCUACCCGGCUGCCCGCCACUUGCUAUCUGCCGCCUCUGCCUGGUUCUCUUGCUUUCUGGCUACCUACUUCGCUCCAUCGCUCGAGGGACACACCCUGUUCCGGUCUUCCGACGCUGCACCUCCGCCUCAGCCCUCUUUUGUUGUUGUCGCCCGUCCGCCGCCACCCCGACAAUCCACCCCUUCGAUAGCCUGAAUUGGCCUACUCAGAGCAUUCUGAAAAAGCCGCGCGCGCGAUUGACAGUUUUGCUAGUUGGUCUCGAGUAACCGCGCUCGCCGCCCUGUACAAAACCCCCCUGACUACCUAUCUACCUACACACCUCUCGCCACAACACAAAGAGCCUGCGGAGCGCAAGCGGGCUGGCCGUCCCCUUUUCCCCCGCGGCGACCGCUCAAAAUGACGGCAGUCAUGUCGCAAAGUGGUUCGUCCCCGGCCACCUCACCCCCGGUUGUCGCAUCGCCGUCGGCGACGAGUCCAACCCAGAAUCCAAACCACCCCUCCCUACACCCCCUAAUAACCUCCCCUCCAGCAGCACCAACGCCAUCCCGGAGAAGCACCCUGCCGAGGCCAAUGUCAUACGCAUCGCGGAACCGACUCUCCCAGUACUCGGCUGGGUCCAUACCCUCGCGCUCCCGCCCGCCGUCUCACAUCUUUCCCAUCUACCCAUCGAGCCUGCCAUACGCCCUUGUGCGCGACUUCGCCUACCCUUCUGGCCACCCAAUGCACUAUGGGCCCCCGCCCGAGCCCUCGCGCCCGCCCUCGGGCAUGACCACCCCGGCUAGCGAGUAUAACCGGAGGCUGUCGGACCCACCUGUGCCUUGGGAGAGCAAGCUGAACUGGGACGGCGGCUCCUGGACUGAAGGCUUCGGAAAGGCCGGCGAUCUGGCACCAAUGCUCCUUGGCGACGGUCCCCCCUGGAGCGAGGACGAGGACCUUCAGAGCCCGGUCGUGAGCUCGCGCCAUCGCAAGCACAAGUCAUCAACAGGCAGCAUGUUGAAGUCAGGAGGCGGUCUGGGUCACAGGGCCAAGGGGUCGAGAGAGGAAUCGGAUGGCUCGAGCGUCCUCAAUCCUGACAACUUCGACGGGCAGAGAGGCUACUACGUCGGUACUGGCGGCGACGGCGGCGAAACGUACUAUGUAAACCAGGGAGACGAGGCCAAUGGCCCCGGAGGCGAGUACGUGACGUAUCCGCCGGAUCAGCCUGGCGACGUGGACAAUGCUGGCGGCUACCAGAUGGGUGACCAACAGCCCCGCCAGUACGCCGAGCACGACGCCGGCUAUGACUCACGAUCGGACGGGUCCAGCUCGCCAUCGUCCCCCGCGUUUGGCAGGACAGACGAGUCCAGAUAUUCGCGGGACUACCAAUUCACAAUCACCUCGCCAGAUGAGGAAAUGCACGGCAAGGCGGUGGCGCUCUUCGACUUUGCCCGCGAAAACGAGAACGAGCUGCCGCUGGUGGAAGGCCAGAUAAUAUGGGUAUCGUACAGGCACGGCCAAGGCUGGCUGGUGGCCAUGGACCCAAAGACACAGGAGAGCGGGCUCGUGCCCGAAGAGUACGUGCGGCUGCUGCGCGAAAUCGAAGGCGGAAUGACGAGCCUAACGGGCCAGGCCGCGCCCGAGGGUAACGCAAGCCCCAACGAUUCGGGCACUCCCACACAGACGGAGCACCAGAACGCCCAAAGCGCCAGCCUCCCACAAGGGCAGGGGCCCCAGGAUACGCUCAAGGCGCAGCCCCAAGGCCCCAGCCCGAGCCCAGCACAGGGCCAGGCCCCGGGACACUCGUCGACGCCAAGCAACGCGUCAAACGGAUAUCACCAACCCGUGGUGUCGACAUUCUCAACGUCCAGCAAGGAUCUGGACCCGUAUCCACAGCAUCUCCUAGGAACACAGGCCGGACAGACGCCGCCACAGGUCGUACACUAUCAUGGGCAACGCGGUGGGAGCCAGGCCAACACGCCGACGCUACUGUUUCACCAGGAUGUGGGCCCGAUGCGCCGCGGUAGCCAGGACGUUCAGCCAAGGAAGCAGACGGACAGUCUUCCGAUACUCCCUGGCGCGCGGCUAGAGUCUCCAGUGUCGGCCGAGACCACGGUCAAGGAAAGGGGAAAACGCGAGAGCCGGUGACCACGCGCCCUGAGCCACGGUUACUACAAGCUGUCGGCACCUCGAGUCUCGGCGGCAUGACAGACGACAAUCCUAGACGCCGAAAGAAUGACGGCAUACCGCAACGAUGAAAACGAAGAGGAAAGCAGAAAGAUUGAAAAUGAUCUAUCACGCUACUUUGUACCAUUAGUCCACGACUGGCGCUUCAUUUGGUUCUUUUUUUAUUUUGCUGUAUAUCCGUUUUCUCUGCAUCUCCCAUUGUUCGCCUACGGUUUGGUUUGAGGAGCACUUUCUUUACGACCGCAGCCUGGUUCCGCAAGGCUCCGAGGCUGGCGGUCUGAAUUUUUUUGAGCAGUUACUCCCUGCUGCCGCGGCGGGAAGAGGACGACGAUCAUGGCAAAGUUCUGGCGGAACAAUAUUUGCAAGAGGGCUACGAGGGUGGCGUAGCGUUUCUUUUCGUCUUGACAUAUUUUCCCACAUGACUUUACGAAUUCUGGGUUUCGGAUUUUCCAAGGAGCGGAGCAUGCAUCUCGAUUGUGGUGAGGUAUAAUUGUUUGUUGUUGUCCUGUUUCCCCCUUUGUUGGCACGGCGGGAGAGAUAUGAGAGAUGAGACGAGAUGGCGGCAUGUGAAGCAGGAUCAUUCAUGUUCAAGGUCUCUGACUGCGCGGGGCGGAGCUGGUUUGCUGGACAAGGCGAGGCGGAGUAGUAUUUCUGGAGACGGAAUGGGGAUGUUUUGAAUGCAACGGAAGGAAUUGACAAAUGCAUGUGCCCCUUUUUCUCGUUUCGAUGGUCGACUUGGCGUCCAGGCUAGUUCCCUGGAGGCAAUGAGGCUCUCGCACGCUCCUCGGGGACAGUUGGUGGGAGUUUGGCUUGGCG